GACACGGUAAUAAAUAAUAAUAAAUAUUAAAAUUAACAUGAAAAUUAAAUAAUAACUAAUAUUUUAGACCGACGCUGAUUGGCGACUGCUUACAUGGCACAAGCCUAGUAUUCCUUAUCCUAACGAUUAAUUUUGAAUUCAAACAUUUCAAACCAUUUAAAUAAUAUAUUAAUAUCUAUCAUUGAAUCUUUGUGCUGGUUUUUAAUUUUUAUUUCCCAUUAAUCAUCAACUUUCAUUAGCGGCGUGAUGUGACACUUCGUUUUCGGUUUAAAUUUUCGACUCGCCAACGAAACAAUGGAAUCCUCCUCGUCGGGUUACCAAAAUCUGAACGAAUCUGACCGUAGGGUCAGCAAUGUCUUCACUGCCAAGAAACAGGCGCAAGACUUUGAAAUGAGCAACGUGACUGUUGUGCCCGAUGAAACGUACACUGUUGCUCAAGCCGUAGAUGCUUUUGGAUUUGGCAGAUUCCAAGUAAAACUAUCGCUGUUCACUGGACUUUGUUGGAUGGCUGAUAGUAUGGAAACAACCAUAUUGAGCAUUUUAUCACCGACUUUACAAUACGAAUGGCAAAUAACACUUUUUCAACAAGCACUAGCAACAACUGUUGUUUUUAUGGGCAUGAUGUUAAGUUUACCAUUUUGGGGAUCUUUCAGUGAUAAGUUUGGCCGAAAAACAGCUUUGACUCUCUGUUCAGUGUUAUUAUUUUACUUUGGCAUUCUUAGUUCAAUGUCACCUAACUAUAUAUGGUUAUUGAUCUUGCGAGGAUUAGUUGGAUUUGCCAUUGGUUGUUCUCCACAGUCUGUUACGUUAUAUGCAGAAUUUUUACCUUGUAAACAGCGAGCCAAAUGUGUAGUAUUACUUGAUUGUUUUUGGGCGCUCGGAGCAUGCUUCGAAGUUCUUUUAGCCCUAAUAGUGAUGCCCACAUUAGGCUGGAAAUGGCUUUUAGUAUUGUCCACAGCACCAUUGCUUGGUUUCGCAUGUGUGUGUCCGUGGUUACCAGAAUCAGCCAAGUAUCUAGUGACUAAUGGUCAAACAGAUAAGGCGAUUGACACAUUAAAAAAAGUUGCACAUGAUAAUGGAAAACCAAUGCUCUUGGGUAGAUUGGUCGUUGAUGAUGUGGUUCUAGAAGAAAAACGUGGUCGUUUCACUGAUCUUCUAUUGCCGCAACUCAGAGUCUCAUCUGUUUUACUCUGGUUUAUUUGGUUGGUGUGUGCAUUUUGUUACUAUGGCAUUGUGUUGAUGUCUACAGGACUGUUUGAGAGCAGUAACAAUAAUAGGACAUGUUCAUCAAAUGUAAAUAGUGGAAUUUUUAAGACUGUGCAAUCUUGUACUGCUGAAUCUCAUUAUUUGACAACUCGAGACUACAUAGAUCUCCUGUGGACAACACUUGCAGAAUUUCCUGGGAUAUUCGCCACCAUUUUUGUGAUUGAUAGGUUUGGUCGAAAGAUUACAUUGGUUUUUCAAUUUACAUUAUUUGCUAUUACUUUAUUUUUACUAUUUCAAUAUGCAAAAAAUCGUGUAUUGUUGACGUUCACAUUGUUUUUGGCAAGAGGUAUAAUUGCAGGAGUGUUCCAGGCCAUUUAUGUAUAUACUCCAGAGGUUUAUCCAACGCCAUUAAGAUCCAUAGGGGUCGGAACUUGUAGUGCUAUGGCCCGUCUAGGUGCUAUGGUUACACCAUACGUUGCUCAGGUAUUGCUCAAAUCAUCAUUUAAUAUUUCCAUAAUCAUUUACAUUACAGCAGCUUUACUGGCCGCUUUAGCGAGUUUAUUAUUACCAAUAGAAACUAAAGGAAGGGACAUGAAAGAAGAAUAUGUGGAAAAAGAUUAGUUUUAAUUUUAAAACAGUAUUUAUAUAAAUUGUACUAAUUAUUUUAUCAGAAGUGUAGUUUACCAUUCAUCAAGGGGUUUCAAUUAUUAUUAUUACCUAAGUUUUAUUUAUUUUUUAUUAUGAAAAAGUAUGGGCCCAAUACAAAUUUAGAUACUAAUCAUAAGUUAAAGAACAAUGAACGUAGCAAUAUAAAUUAUUAAAAACAUUAAUAUAUUGAUUAUCUCAAAAAUGGACUAGCUUAGUCCCUCAAUAGAAAUGAUGGGUCCUCUUUUGUUAUUCUCAUUAUUCGUAAAAUAUGAUUGUUCAACAAAUAAUUUAUGGGCCAAAAAAGGAUAUGAAAAAGAAAGACACUAGAAUUAAAAACGGAUUUAAAAAAAAGUUUGUUUAAUCCCGUAACAAUUAGAAUUAAUUAUCAAAAAAAAACUUAAAUAUAAUUUAUUAACUAUAAAUAUUUAAAAUUUUUGAUUUAUUUACUCUAUUCAUGUUUGGAAGGUUACAAUAGUUGUAUAGAUGAUUGAUUUGGUGAGGGACAGAUGAGUAUUGUCUAACUGCUGCUUAACUAAAACAAGUUGGCACCUAGGUUCUUUAGCGAAUAGAAUAUAAUUUAACCAAAUACUACUCAUGUUUAUGAUGUACCACAAUAUUGCUCAAUUAUAUUUACAGUUACUCUUUGAUUAAGUUAUGUGGAUUAUCUAACGAACUUCAAGCUUGUACCAACAGUGUUAAGAAGUCACUAAAUAACAUAACUUAUAUUAUCAGUCUGUUUACAGACAAGAUCACUAUGAUUAAAUUUGGCAACUAUGAAUUCUCAGUCCUUAUAAGAAAUUCUAAUUGAGCCAUAAUUUUUAAUUUGAAUUUCAUAAAUUCAAACCAAAAGGAAUUGUAUGGUAACUACACUUGAUCCAUAUUUUAUUUUAUUACAUUUUAAAGACUGUUUUAAUUUUUUUAGUUUGUCAGAAAAUAAUGUGUUAAAUUAAUAUUGACUUAAUAAAAAG